GUAUGCCUAGAAACACAAUUAAAAAGACUGUGAAAAAGAUUAAAAAGACCAAAACCAUCAACAAAAACAAUAAAUAAAAUAUUGAUGAUGAUGAAUCAAUAGAUUCAGAAUACUUGGAUGAAUUAGAAAAUCAAAAACCAUAAAAUAUUUCAGAUAAAAGUGAUAGUGAAAUUGAUGAAACUGAAGAUAAUAGAAGAUUGAGAUUGGCUAAAUAAAUUUUAUAAUAAACCAAAUAAGAAUUGUAAUCCAAAAAAAAUGAUGACUUUUUUCAAGAUCAUCAUGAUAUUCAUAUGAAUGAUGAAGACAAAAGAUUAAAUGUAGCCUUACUUGAGAAAGUAACUUUAUCAAUCUUAUCAUAGUUUGCUGAAAAACACACUAUAUAUUAAACAUAAAUAUAAAAAUUUGAUAGAUAAUUUAAUAGAGAAAUAUAUAAAGGUCAUCUUAGAGCAAUCACUUGUACUUAAGUUGAUGAAUUUGCAAAACACAUGUAUUCUUGUUCCAAAGAUUCAAGCAUUAUCAAAUGUAAUUAGAAUUAUAUAUACUUUUUUUAGGGGAUUUAGAAACUAAGAAAAAAGAAUUCAUAUAAAGAGAAGUUGGUAAACAUGGAGAUGGUCAUUAUGAUGAAGUCCUCACUAUUUCCUUAAAUUUUGAUGGCAAAAUAUUGGCUAGUGCUGGUAAAGAUCAUUCCAUCAAAUUAUGGGAUACAAAUUCAAAUAAAUUGAUUGAAACUCUUAAACAUCAUAAAGCACCUAUUUAUGGUGUUAAAUUUGGAUAUAAUUCUAAUAAUCUAUGCAGUAUCUCUUGUGAUAGAACAUUUAUUUAAUGGGAUGCAGCAUAAAGAGCUUAUAUUGAUACAUUGUAAUAUUUACAAGUAAUUUAUAAGUUUUGGACAUAGUACAGAAGCAAAUGACAUCGAUUGCUUUAAUGCUGAUGAUUUUUUAAGUUGUGGCUAUGAUAGAUAAAUGAUACAAUGGAAAACAAAAUCAGGAGGAUAACUUCUUUAUAAUGGACAUGAAUAAUCUAUUGAUUGCAUUAGAGCAAUAACUCUUGAUACUUUUGUUACUGGUUCUAUUGAUACUAACAUCAAUUUAUGGAAUGUUAAAAAAAGAAAGCCAUUAUUUGAAUUACAUUAACCUCAUGGUAAUAGAUGGAUAACCUCUUUGGUAAUUAUAGUAUCCAUAAUUAAUUAGGGAACUAUUUAUAACAGUGACCUUUUGAUUUCAGGAUCUUAUGAUGAUAAUCUAAAUAUUUAUAAAGUCACAAAUAAGGACAUUGUAAAAGUGAGAUCACUAUAAAGUGUAUGAUUAUCAAUAUAAUUAAUCUAGUUUGGAAUAAUCAAUCAUAUUAAUGUAUUUGAUGAUAAAAUUUUAACUGUUGAAAGCCAGGAACAUCGUUUAGGAAGAUGGAUAACUUCAACCAAAAGCAAAAAUUUAAUUGUGUUGUAUUUAUGA